AAAAGUAUUCUCAACGCUGCACAUAUGUAUUAUAUGCAUACUUUUAUGAGUAGAGAGGGCCCUGGGCACUAGUAUCAUAAUAUCAUCAUAUUCAAUGCUUUUACCAAACUCAAACCUCUUCUUGUAGUUCACACCACCACUUCAUCAUCUCUUUCUCUCUUCCUUCACCGACAUCUCUCCCUCACUCUCAGGAAAUGGAAAGUGUUGAACUCUCGUUGAAGAACAUUAACCGGAAGGAGAAACCCGUCGCCACCGACGAUUUCUCAGUCGACGACUUGCUUGACUUCUCAAACGACGACGUUUUCGUUGAGGAUGAAACUAAACCGAAGGCAGGAGGAGUCUCUGUUUCCUUGAAUGAUGACGAAAUUACCCUUAACCGGACCAACGAAUUAUCCUCCACCGCCUGUGAAGAAGAUUUUGGCAGCGAGCUCGCCGUACCGACGGAUGAUUUAGCGGAGCUCGAAUGGUUAUCCAAUUUCGUAGAGGAUUCUUAUUCCGCUCCGACGAAGAAACCGGUUUGGUUAACCGGGGACCGGAGACACCCUGUAACACCGGUUAACGAGGGUCUGUGUUUCAAAGCCCCUCUUCCGGUUAAAAAUAGAACCAAACGACCCAGAACCGGAGUCAGUGUUUGGUCUCUCGGUUCCCCGUCGCUAACCGACUCGUCUUCCAGUUCGUCCUCCUCGUCCAACCCUUCGACUCCUCUGUGGCUCUCCGGAGCUGAGUUUCUCGACGAGGAAGCGGUAAAAAGACAGAAGAAGGCGAAGAAGAAGAAGAGUGUUAGGGAAAACGGCGGUGGUCAGACGCAGACGCGGCGGUGUAGCCACUGUGGCGUUCAGAAAACGCCGCAGUGGAGAGCAGGGCCUUUGGGAGCGAAGACGCUUUGCAAUGCGUGUGGGGUGCGUUUCAAGUCGGGUCGGUUAUUACCCGAAUAUAGACCCGCUUGCAGCCCGACUUUCUCGAGCGAAUUGCAUUCGAACCACCACCGUAAAGUCAUUGAGAUGCGUCAGAAAAAGGAGAUGUCCACCGAUGUUGAUGAGUCCGGUAUGAACCGGACGGUUCAGGCUGUGCAGAGUUUUUGAAGAAGCCGAAGUAGAGAAGAUGUAUGAUCCGACCCGGUUAAGUUGUAGCAUUAACUGCUCUGAAAUACUGUUAUUUUCAUAUUUUUUUACCUUUCUGUCUGUGGUAGUCGCAGAAGUUUUUCUUUUACUGGUCAGGUUUUAAAACUUCAAAAAUCAUAUCCCCCUAUAUAUUAUUCGUUUCGCGUUAAAUUUCAGUU